UGUACAACUGGACAAACGCGACCACCACAAACGUGACCCUUUUGCAGGUUUUGUCACCGAACUGUCGCUUUUCUUCACGUUUUCGACGCGAGCGCACACGCCCCUGUCUUGGGCGUCGGUGCACUUUGUAAGCCGAAGCCGAACCUCGCUACAGGAUUCUAUGGUGUUUGAAUACGGAAAAGACCACUUCCCGGACAGCUGCUUCGUCCCCAUUUGCACUUUAAGUUCAGUGAACCAGCUGAGAUGAGCGGUCCAGAGGUGGCCAAGACACCAGGAGGCGGUGCCCCGGGGAAGGAGGGUAAAGAGCCGGUGGCCAAUGGGCAUGCAGGAGAUGGCAACGACGCCAAUCCCUUUGCUGAGUACAUGUGGAUGGAGAACGAGGAGGAGUACAACAGACAGGUGGAAGAGGAGCUGUUGGAGCAGGAGUUCUUGGAGCGUUGUUUCCAGGAGAUGUUGGAGGAGGAAGACCAGGACUGGUUCAUUCCCUCACGUGACCUCAACAACGCAGGUGUGGGCCAGCUGCAGCAGCAGCUCAAUGGGCUGUCAGUAAGCGAGCAGCACAGCAGCCCGGAGGAGGUGGCAAGGAAGAGUGUGUUGAAUCCUGAAGCCAAGGAGUUUGUCCCGGGGAAGAAGUACUAGAAGUCCCCCUCACCCCCGUGGAGCCGCACACGCGCAUUCACGCGCAUACACGCACAUACACGUACAUACACGUGCACUCUCAGUGUCAUAUUCUCAGAGACUCUGUCGGCUAUGCCGCACUCACUGACCACACAGGGGCGUGUGAGCCCAGGCGGGGGGUGGGGGGACUGCUCUUUCUGUUUUUUUUCCCUCUUUUUAUUUUCUGUUAUUUUCUUGUAAAUUGAAGGGUGUUGGGGUCAGGGGUGGCGGGAGUAUUACCAGCACCGCCCUGGUGAGGGCUCUAGCUCAUCCUUUAGCAGACAGGGCACACAGAACUCGAUGUCCCCUUUAAACUAAGGCAGCUACCAGUGGCAUGAUGGCAGGAAGUCCUCAGACACAAGCCCACGUCAGACUAUGGUCUCCAGCACAGACGGUCAGAGAGUAUUUUAGAGGAGCCUUUGGGUUCUGUGUAUGCCCUGUUCUGCUCACAGCCGGCACACAGGCAGAGCUCCAAACCCAACCCAAGCACCCGGCUACAGCUCGAAUCAUGGAAUACAGCUGCAGAUGCAUUAUGGCCUCAGGUAGAUGUCUGGCAGGUCGCGUGGCCAGUGGGUCUAGGGUUUGGCGGGUCGUGGGGCCAUGGACUUAAGGACUUAACAGGGGUAGUGUUUGGGUUUGGUGCUCUGUAGUGUGCUUUGCAGAGACCACUUGGUGUUUCCAGUAUCCAACCAAGAAUCCAUAUCCGAUCAGGUUUUCAGACUCUCCUGGCUUAGUUUCCUCAUGUUUUGGAGGACGAGGUGUGCGUGUAUCUGUUCGUACAGUAACCCGGAGUCCUUCAGCACUUUCCAGGACACACUCUGCUGAGCUUUUGAGCUUUGUUUGGGCUGGGACAGUUAGACCUGCCUCCUGUAAAUCAGACACAGCUUGUCUGUAAGGUCAUCUGUAGGUUGUAAAGUCAUUUUUUUAGGGUAAAGUUAGUCUGUAUUUUUAGUUCAUGGUGCUGAGUAGUUAAUUUUGCUCAAAGAUGCACUCAGUGUUUGCAGUGGGGGUUGGAGUGAGUAUAUGGAGCAGAACCUCCUGAAGCUGCUGAGCGACCCCUGGUGAAGUCAGUAGGAAUGUCCGCCAGGUGAAUAUGUACAACUUGGAAUCAUUUUGUGAUUUACUUUUGUUAGUGACCCAAGAGUCUGAGGUCCAGAGACACAGAGUAUGAAUUUCAUUACAAUAAAACCAUGAAAAAAAGAUCAAUAAAGUUGUUAAAGACAAAA